AUGAAUAAGAUUGGUACAGGCGUUGAGAUAUUUUCAAACCUUGUGGUACGAUUGAAAGUUUGUCAAGCACUAAACAGUAAUGUUGAACAGGUCUAUAAGCAAAGCAUACUUUACUUGCUCUGUAUGUAUGCUAGAUGCUUGUGUAAAUGGUGUGGAAGCAGAGAAAAAAACUGCAAGAGUUCACGGUGUAAAUUAAGUUUUGUUGUGAAUGUGGUAAAGCAAACUGAAGAACAGAUAGGUGAGAAAACGUAA